AUGGACACUAAUGCAUCCAUUGCACAGAAUGCUGAAAGUAGAACUCAAGAUUCCGGAUCGAUUCAACAAAAUGAUCGAAAACAAAAUAAAAAUGUUGUAAUUGAAAAAGCUUCCAAGACAUCUGAAGAAUUAAGGUUUUCUCCUUCUGCUUUAUCUGAUCUACUUAAUGCGUUUUUGUUGGAUGCUACAGUUUCCGAGUCACAGAUAGAUAAAGCUCUGGUUCUUUUGAGACUAUCUCCAACUACCCUUGUUGAUUUUGAUGAGUCAUCCAUUGUAGCUGUCCUAUUAAAUGCUAUUGGAAAGUCGGAUGAGCAUACAGCUUCAAAAUACCUUUUACUACUGUCAAGUCUUCUUUCCUUUACUGUUUCCCCAAGAAGUCUUCGGUUUAUAAUAGAUUAUAUCGUCUCUCCCGGUCGAACAUGGCGACCUUACUCAUAUGAACUCGUUCAUCAAUUAAAACUUGCGUCUAGUUUUCCUAACAACAUACUCUUAUUAUACCUCCUAUCUCAAAGUUUCCCUAUCAAAAUGGAUGGACAUUUCAAUCAUGGCUUUAUCUUAAUCCUUCACUGUGCAAGCUCAGUGAAAUUAAGCCACGAUAUCUUUUCAGGUUUGCCUGAUAUUUAUUUUUAUUGGCUAUUUAGUUUUCAAACGGAUAAGGGUCUAGGAUAUACUGGCCACUUUUUGGGAACCUUAUUUAUAGUCACUUCGAUAAGAGCGAAAGAAAAGGGCUUACAGCAUUGCGUUCCAACCGAGUUCCAGCCAUGUCGGUGGUACAUGUUGACCCUUGUAUUCGUCUAUAAUCGAUGGACUAAAUCAGAACUUCGUUUCUAUGUCGACGGAAAGAUUAUUUCUAGCGUCGAUAUGGCUUGGCCGAUUUCAACGUCGGAUUCUUUUGAUCGUUGUGUGAUCGGGGGAUCUUUUGACCAGAGAGAAGAUAAUCUAUUCUCUGGUAGAAUCGCGUCAAUCACUGGAUUUACUGAAGCUCUCUUGCCACAACAAAUUUCGGGACUUUAUUCCCUCGGUCCAAAUUACAACGGACAGUUGAAAUUUGAAUCGGGUGUUCGAGGCAUCUUAAAUGAAACUGAACGCAAGGCUUUGAUUGAGAGUAAACUUUCAGCUUCGAUUAUGUUCUCUUAUUAUCCCUCUGCUUGCGAUCACAAUCUCUGCUUGGAUCAAUCACCCAAACCGAACUCGGUAUUCACUCAUGCUCCACAUGCGCUUAUGCAAGGGAAAGUCAAGGCGGUUCGCACAACGUCGUUGCAAUCGGCUUUGCAGAGUCUUGGUGGAAUUCAACUGCUUUAUCUUCUUCUGGAACAAUUGGACUAUAAUUUUGAGGAUGUCAUUGAGUCUGGAGCCACUAUGGAACCUUUUCCUGUGUCGUAA